AUGGCCGCAAAAAAGCGUACUACUCUUAGAGAAAAAUCGGCCAAGGCUACCAAAUCAUCACUUGUGAAUAAGAUUUCAGAGUUCUCUGAAACCCAGGAUGAUUCAUCAUAUCAUGAAAAUCCGUUUUUAAAGCUCCUGAAAGUGUCUAAGAAAGAUAAGCAGCAAGAAAAAUCAACUACAUUCGCGAAAAAAAUAGAAGUUAACGGUAACACAAGUGGAGGCAUAUCUAAAUCAUCAUUAAGAAGGAGGAAAAGGAAGGCCAAGGAAGAAUUGAAGCCUAAGAUGAAUGAGUUAUUGAUGAGUUUGGAUGAGCCAACAAAUAAAAAUGUAAAAAUAGUAGAAAAGGCCGGGUUUAUUGCAUCUUCGAAAAGUAACAAAAACUUGCCCAACGCAGCCAAAAGAACUGGCCAUUCCAAGAUAUUGUCCCAGGAGAACAAAAACUUUAGUUCAGUAUUGCAGAAUCCGAAAUUUAGAACAUCUCCAUUUAAUGCAUUAAAAGAGGCCAUAGCGCAGAAUUUGGAGAAAUAA